GAGCAGAUCAGGGCGAAGGCUGCUCCGAACCUUGACAUCCUCGUUUCCGAAGCGAGACGCACAUUUUUGUUGCGAAGAGCAUCCGAGGGGGAGAUGCUUCCAAGAGCGGGGACCCUGACCCACAGCCUUUGAGAAUCCGACUCAGCCACACCCUCGCCCACCAUGGGGCCAGUUUAGCACCCCAGGAGGAUCUGGCUUAUAACUUCCAGGAAGGUGAGGCAUGGCAGGCGGGAACAUGGCUGGCUCCCCCAUCUCUUUCUCUCCCAUCUUUGUCUUCUGUCUCCUGGCUGUCAGCCCCACGGACUCCCUCGACCCAGGCCCUGAGGCCUCCAGCCUCCCCACCGUCGCCAACAGCUUCCAAAACCAGGACCUCUGGCCGCACCGAGCUGUGACACACCAUCGAAGGCACAGCCUGAGCAAGCAUGGCCGGGCCCACCACGGGAUGCCCUCCAGGGCCCGAGGAUCCGGGGAGGGGACCCUGCGGCUUCUGAGUCGGUCCACGCUGGGGGGAGAGCCAAGACUGAUGGAGCCUGCCAGUCUCAGGCAGAAGGAUGUCUUCUUGGGGUUCGAGUUCCCGUAUCCGGAUCAGGAGAACCACGCCCCCGGAUCGGAGCGAGGGAAGAAGCCGAACCGUGAGCACCGACGGCACAGCCGCAGAGACAGGUUGAAACAGCACCGAGGCAAAGCUUCUGACCCGGGGCCCAGCGCACUCUAUAAGAAACCGGAAAACUUUGAGGAGCAGUUGCAGGCCCUCCACGCAGAAGGACCUUCCACAGGGCUGGCUCCCACCGCCCUCCUGGGCUCCACGCCAAAGACAUCGACCGAGGAGCCACCCGCUCUCCAAGCCACGGCCUCUCGGCCUCGGGGCCGCGCCCGGCACGACGGGGAGGUGAUGCCCACCCUGGACAUGACGCUCUUUGACUGGACGGAUUACGAAGACCUCCGAGCGGACAUGUGGCCCUCCGCCCGGAGAAAAGAGAAACGGCGCAGCAAGAUUGGCGGCAACGAGACCGCACCCGCCGAAGGGGAGCCCUGCGACCAUCACCUCGACUGCCUCCCAGGAUGCUGUUGUGACCUGCGGGAGCAUCUCUGCAAGCCCCACAACCGAGGCCUGAACAACAAAUGUUACGACGACUGCAUGUGCACGGAAGGCUUACGCUGUUAUGCCAAAUUUCACCGCAACCGAAGAGUGACCCGACGGAAAGGCCGCUGUGUCGAACCGGAAUCCGCCGACGGAGAUCAAGGAUCGUUUAUUAAUGUCUAGAAGGAGGGGGGGAUGCUUUUGGGGCGGGGGUCUGGAGGUGGGAGGUCUUAAUUUAUAACUAGUGGUGUGGAUGGAUGGGGAAGACAAACCAAAGGACUCGGAUGCCGCAGGCUGAGCUGGUAUUCGGUGGAUUCUAGAACCGUCCCCCGACCCCCAAAUGUUCUGAGUUCAAAUGGCGGCACAUUUCCCAUUGACACCCCAACAUUUGUACUUCCACAGUAGGUAAGGAUAUACAUUUCGCAUCCUCAUCGGGGUUUUCCUGCCAUGUCUCUGUAUGAGUCUCUGCUUUGGGCCUCUCCAUAGUAGAGGCAACCUCCCCGGAGGUUGGCUUGUGUGUCUGUGUUGAAAGAGGCAGGGUGCUACACACACACCCGUACAGAAGAGGGGGCUUCUCUGCUUCCCAAAUGAGGUUGAUUGGAGGGCCAGAACAUGACUCAUUCAGAGACGUGACAGGCACGGACCGGUAAUGCCUCGCGGACCAGCACCGGUCUGCGGACCAGCGGUUGCGAAACACUGCUCCGGUCCACAGGCUGGGAUUUCCUGAGCUAGCGAUAUGCCCCGUGCCCUGAUUAAAUUAUACCCUAGAAAAGCCAAAUGCCAUGUCCUGAAUCAAUUAAGCAACGUCGUGCCAAUUUCACCCACAUCUACCCCCCCCAUUUUAUGCAUACAUUUGCAUAAAUUUAAUCUGCUUCUGCAGCAGAGAGGCAGGGAGUUUUGCAGGCCACUGAUGUGCCACACUUCUGAACACCCUGCCCCCUCCUUUGAGUUUCACAGGUGUGGCCCACAGUUCUUUAUCUCCAUCAGGAACCACAGGGACUAGACCCUUGAGGUUCCCAAGGUGCUGAAUAAUGUGCCUGGCACCGCGAAAUAAGAAACGGCUUUUGAAUGUCAUUGUGUGGCUGCUGGCGUUGGCUUCCUUCAUCUUUCUAAUUCGGGGAAUGACCUGUGUUCGAAUCAAUGAGUCUUUCCCCAGCAGUUUGCAGCCCCUAAUUCGUUUGGUUAGCUCUCUCUUGCUUGGUUAUUAUAGGAAUUUGUUUGUGUGUGUGUGGGUGGGGAAAGAAAGGGGGGCUAUUUUCUAGCUUAAGAGGAAAAGAACGUUUCUGGUAAUGGGGAACGGAGCGAUUCCUGUUGCUGCUUAGUAAAUGCUGUGAUGUGCCUGCAUGUUCCUAUUUUGAUGAGGUGUAAAUAAAGAGAUAGUUAUCCUUCGCA